AUGGCCUUGAGCAGCGUGCGGGUGCUGGAGUUGGCUGGGAAGUACCCUUCCUCCCUCCGUGGCAUGAUUCUCGCCGACUUUGGAGCCCGGGUGAUUCGCGUGGCUUGGGACCAAAGAGACAUGUUUGAGUUUGCUGAUGUGCUGGUCGAUCCUGUCCCCGGUGGGGUGCUGGGCCCGGGAAAACUGUUGCCAGAGGACAUGCUGCAGAAGAACCCGAGACUCGUCCAUGUGAAAGUUUCCACUGAAAUGAAGUUAUCCAGUAAGUAUUCCCAAAGCAGAGGGCACGAUAUCAACUUUCUGGCUUUAUCUGGGGUGCUGUCAACAUUUGGCCGGAAACACGAGAAACCGUAUGUACCACCCAAUUUCCUGGCUUCCUCGACCGGAGGGUUUCUUGGUGCCUUUGGGACGGUGAUGGCUCUUUUUGAACGUGCCCUGUCUGGGAGAGGACAAACAGUGGAUGCGAAUGUGAUAGAGAGCACAGCGUACGCGAGUUCUGCGCUGUGGUACCUGCAGAAGAUGAACAAUUUCAACGGAGUCAAGGUAGACAACCUCCUGGAUGGGAGCGCGCCCUUCUAUGGCACCUACCGGACCUCGGAUGGGAAGUUCAUGGCCGUGGGGGCUGUUGAAGCCCACCUCUAUGAGCUCUUUCUGAAAGGACUCGGGCUCGAUCCUUCAAAACUUCCCAAGCAGCUGAGUUUGCCGGACUGGCCCAGGCUGAAGACACUCUUUGCCGACAUCUUUGCCAAGAAGACGCAAGCCGAAUGGUGCAAGGUCUUUGGGGAACUGGACGCCUGUGUGACCCCUGUUCUGACAGCUGAGGAUAUUUCUCAACUUGCGAAGGAGGAGAUGGGCACUUCUUUUAUCACAGAUCAACAGCAGGUGAUAGCUCCCAUGCCAGUUCCCUUUUUUUCCAAAACUCCCGCUUCUGUCCCUUUCACGCGGAAUGCGGUCUUAGGAGAACACUCAGAAGAAAUUCUCAGAGGAUAUGGGUUCAGCAAACAAGAAAUAGCCCGGCUCCAUGUUUUGGGCGUCAUUAAAAGCCGUAAGUCAACAGCUAAUCUGUAA